UGCUUUCUAGAGCAUGCUUUUCCCUACAGAAGACACAUGCGACUAUGUCCCCUUCUUUUUGGCCUGUUUGAAGGACUAUCCGUUAGCUUACUUCCUGGUGCUUUUUUGUUUGUUCAUUAAUUAGUUAGUUGGAUUGUUAUUAACUCGGCAUUAUUGCUAACUAGCAAAAAAACAAACAUUGAUAGUUGUAUUGGCUCAUCCGGGCAGCAGAGUAGUAACGUCGAGAUGAGGAGUGGAGCCUACAAGUUUCUGUCCGUUUUUUCUUGUCUCAUUGUUUGCGGUUUCAUGUUCAUGUUUUGGUUUUUCGUUUUUUACUCCAUGGUACUUGCGCCAUAAUUUACAACUGGAAUGUAUUAUUAUUAUUUUUUACAGUUAGCUAGCUAUUUAGCACAGACAGCUAGCUAAAUUCGCUAACGUUAAGAUUUUCCAAGUCGACAUUGGCGAUUUUGUCCCCCCCCCCCCACGAAGCAACCCACACUGACAAGUUGUAGCCAGUAAAAAGAUUGAGUCCGAAUUUACUUGGCUACAUAACAAUCAACAGAGACAAAUGUAGCAACUGAACGGCUAGUUAGCUAACGGCUAACUGGGGUAUUUGGGUUAGCUAACGGCUAACUAACAGCUAACCAGCUAGUUAGCUAACGUCUAACUGAUGUAUUUGGGUUAGCGAACGGCUAACUAACAGCUAACUAUCUAGUUAGCUAACGUCUAACUGAUGUAUUUGGGUUAGCGAACUAACGGCUAACCAGCUAGUUAGCGAACGGCUACAUAGCAACAACAUUGUGCACGUACCCAUAGUGCAUUGCGGCAACGACAGAUCACAUGAUCUGAAUAAGGAAGCGAGGUGUAUUUGGGAUUGUAUCUGAGCAUCAAGGAACAGGAUCGGUGAUAGAGAUGGCUUCUGUGCCCGUAGACAAAGACAGUGCGGAUCAAAAGCUGCAGUUUGCUCCCUUCUCCAGUGCCUUAGAGGCAGGCUUCUGGCACCAGCUCACUCAGAAGAAACUCAACGAUUACCGACUGGAUGAAAGCCCCAAGAAUAUCAAAGGCUACUACUACAAUGGCGAUCCGGUCGGCCUCCCCACUCGCCUGACUUUGGAGUUUAGUGCAUUUGAGGCGGAUGGCCCCAGCCCAGCCCGCUGCUGUCCCGUCACAGGGACCCUGUACAACACCAACACACUAGAGGCCUUUAAGACCUCAGACAAAAAAGCACUGCUGGAACAACAAGCCACGGAGAUAUGGGAUUCCAUACAGUCCGGUGAUGCUCUCAAGGACCCAUCCCUCCUCUGCAAAUUCCUUUUGCUGACUUAUGCAGACCUGAAGAAGUACCACUUCUACUACUGGUUCUGUUUCCCAGCUCUCUGUUUCUCUGAGGGAAUUAAGAUCCUCAAGGAGCCGGCUACGCUAGAUCAAGUCUUCUCUUCUAAACAGACCUCAGCCUUACAGGCAGCCUAUGACAGUCUGUGCGGUGAAACAGGGACCUCAGCUGUUCCUUACUUCCUGAUCAAGUACACAGGGGAUACUGUCCAGGUGGCCCAGCUACGAGACUGGGACAGCUUCAACACUGAUCUCAACAAGGUAACUGUGGGUGUGUAUGACCCCUGCACUCUGCCCCAGCAUCCUGGAUGGCCUCUGAGGAAUCUGCUGUUUCUCCUAGCCAGCAAAUGGGGCUCCCAACUAGAUGUGGUGGAGGUGAUGUGUUUCAGAGACAGGACUCUUCAGGGCAGUAGGAACAUUCAGCACAGCAUCGUGUUCCAGGUCAAACUACCGAUCCCUGAGCAGUCUGUCAAUGCAGCGUGUCCAAAGAAUGUAGGAUGGGAGAAGAACCCUAAAGGAGCCAUGGGACCCCGGAUGGUCAACCUCAGUGAAUGUAUGGACCCAAAGAGACUGGCUGAGUCCUCGGUGGAUCUCAACCUGAAGUUGAUGCGCUGGAGGCUGGUACCUUCUCUGAAUCUGGACAAAGUGACUUCAACUAAGUGUCUGCUCCUGGGAGCUGGUACACUGGGUUGCAACGUAGCCAGGACUCUAAUGGGAUGGGGAGUGAGACACAUCACAUUUGUGGACAACUCUAAGAUCUCUUACUCCAACCCAGUCAGACAACCGCUGUAUGAGUUUGAAGACUGUCUCGGAGGUGGCAAGUCCAAGGCCCUCGCUGCCGUCGACAGACUGGGCAAGAUCUUCCCUGGAGUGAAUGCAGAGGGACACGUGAUGAGCAUCCCUAUGCCAGGCCACCCGGUCAACUUCUCUGAGGCGACCAUGUCUCAGGCCCGGCAGGACGUUGAACACCUGGAGAAACUGAUCUCAGAGCACGAUGUCGUCUUCCUGUUGAUGGACACCAGGGAGAGUCGAUGGCUGCCGACUGUUAUAGCUGCCAGCAAUAGGAAGUUGGUAGUGAAUUCUGCCCUGGGCUUUGACACCUUCGUGGUGAUGAGACACGGUCUGAAGAAACCUAAACCCUGUGGACCAGGAGACUCCUCCGACCCUUCCUCUUCCUCCUCCGCCUCAUCCUCUUCCUCCACGCCGGCCGAGCCCGCCCAGCUCCCAGCAGCCUCUCUGUUCUCCAACAUCCCCGGACACCGCCUCGGAUGCUACUUCUGUAACGACGUUGUCGCCCCCGGAGACUCCACCAGAGACCGGACCCUGGACCAGCAGUGUACAGUGAGUCGUCCAGGCCUGGCCAUGAUAGCAGGAGCCCUGGCUGUGGAACUCAUGGUGUCCAUACUACAGCAUACUGAAGGAGGUUAUGCGGUAGCCAGCAGUAGUGAUGACAGGAUGAAUGAACCUCCAACCUCCCUGGGUCUCGUCCCUCAUCAGAUCAGAGGGUUUCUGUCCAGAUUUGACAACGUUCUACCGGCCAGUCUGGCGUUCGACAAAUGCACUGCCUGCUCACAAAUCGUCCUGGACAGCUAUGAGAAGGAUGGUUUCAACUUCCUGUCCAAGGUGUUUAACUCCUCCCACUCCUUCCUGGAGGACCUGACUGGUUUGACUCAGCUACACCAGGAGACACAGAACGCAGAGAUUUGGGACAUGAGUGAUGAUGAGAGCAUCUGAGAGGGAGGACGGAACCCGAAACAUCAGAGUUCUAGAAUCGGAACACGGAACACAUUUUACUGCGUUCCAACAAGCCGUCACUUCUCCUCUCUUCUGGUCAGAGUUCAGAACAUAUAUAAUGGGCCUUCUUCACGAUUAUUAUUUUCUAAACCCCAGUUGGUGUUUACGUAUACCCCUGUUACAGUUUUAAUAACGGCUAACAACAUUUGAAGUAAGAAUAUAGGGUCUUCCAGUAUUUUCUGAAACUGUUUUGAAAGGAUGAAAAAACAUCAUCUUUAAAAUGCCACUGAUACAGUUUAAUAUUAUCAUCUAAAAAAACAUCUGAAAUGUAAAGAAUGUCUGUUGUGUUAAGGGAGAACCCCUCGCAUUAGAACAGUAUCGCUGUCAUGACAACUAAUAUGGUGAGACAUUCUGUUCUAUUCCUUCUAUGUUCUGAAGGGGAAUGUACAGAUAUAUUUUGAAGAUAGACUGAAAAGCAUUUAAACAUUUUCAGCAAUCUUGAAUCAUUUGUGUUAUUUGUUUCCCAGAUAAGUUGUCCUGAUACGACCCGUACCCAGCUCACUGUCUGUCAACUGAUUUCACUUGUAACAUACGCUGACUCCUUUCCUGUUGGGAACGUAUACAUUUCCCAGAUUGACCUUUUCCUGUAACAUAUAUAUAUAUGUAACACAGGUACGCUCUUUACUAUUGCUCUUCCAGUUUCAGGGACUUUUCACACAUUUAUGUCCUUCCAGAUGAUUACACUGUGUAAAUAUGGCUUGAUGUAGACAUACAUACCAGUACACCAUACAAUAAGGAACUGCUUUACAACCCCGAGGGUAGGUAUCACGGUUUGUGAAACAAAGAAUGAUGCCACCAUUCCGUACGUUUUUUUCAUAUUCUGUCAUGUCGCAUCUUGUACUUUUUUUUUGUAACAUCUUUGUCAAGUACAGAUAAAAGCCAUAUUUGACUCUUACAUUGGAUGUAAAUCAAAUUAAAUGUUCCCUGUAUG